CUUCAGUCCUUGGUCGGCGCUGGUGCCUUUGACUGUGAUAAACGCCCGGUUUGCUUCGGGGAAAGCGUGGGGAUCCAGUGGUUGCACUGAUAUAUUGCAGCGCAGCUGAACUCGGACAGUGCUGAAAGGGUGAACAACCAGAGUCCAUUGCUUCAGAGGCUUAUUCAGCUCAGUCGAGGAAUGAAAACACGGAGAAGUCGAUAUUGCCCUGAACGUGUGCGAGAACAAGGCAUCGGAGUAGGGAGGUGAGACCAUGAGUGACAGCGAGGAGAGCAGCACGCUCAGUGAGGAAGAGGAGCACAGCAGCGAGGAGCAGAGCGCUGAGGAGGAGCCUGUCUCGGCUCUGCCGCCACAGCCCGAGCUGGAGGAUGAAGGCCCAGCGAGCAUCUCUGCCAGCCCUGCCUUCCAGUGCUUAGAUGAGUUGCUUUCUGCUGGAAAAAUCAAUCAUGCGAAAGUUGCGGAGCUGAAGGUCAAGUUCACACAGCUCCAUGACACCUUAAAGAGCUCCCAGGAGUCCGAGAUCCGGCUGCUGCAGGAUGCCAAGCGCUUCACGGCGGAGCUGGAGAGGCAGCAGAAGGACCUGGAGAAGAUGGAGAGGUUCCCGGACGGCAGCGACACCGAGGUCAGCAAGAUGCGGCGCCAGCUCCUCAUCUACCACAACAAGAUCCGCGAGGCCGAGGAGCAGGAGUACCAGCUGCAGUACCAGCUGGAGUGUUUGCUGGGAGAAAAGGACAUUCUGGAGAAAGAGUACAACACGCAACCUAAACCAGCUGAACAGGAGAAGAAGGCCAAAGCGCUGAGGGAUGGCUGUGAGGAGCUGAGGAAGGAGGUGGCUCAAAGACGAAUGGAAAUAAAGAGCCUGAAGGAGGACAUGGACACCAGGCAGAAAAAUCUGCAGAGAGAGAGAGAAGCGCACGAAAAAAAGGAGGACACCAUUGAAAAUCUGGAGGCCGACCUGGCCCAGCUUCUCUGCGUCCCCGGCCAGCUGGGGAAGGAAAUAGACAGAAUAAAGCGUAAAAAAACGGAUGUCCAGAAGAAGACGGUAGAGCUGGCACAGCAGCUCGUCGAGCUGGGCAAGGAUCAGGACAAGCUGCAGGCCAGGAAGGAGGCGCUGGAGGAGGAGCAGAAGGAGGUGCUGAACGAGCUGGAGAAGAGGAGGGUGGAGCUGGAGGCGGGGGAGCGGGAGCAGAACACGCUGCUGAAGGACAAGGACGUGGUCCAGGAGAAGGAGGCCAUCCUGAUGGGCCAGAGGGGCAUGCUAGACAUCAACAUCAGCCACAUCAACCUGGAGAAGAAAACCUUGCAGGACAACCUGAUGAGGAACCAGAAGGAGAAGGACCGGCAGCUGCACAGCCUGAAGCACAUGGAGCUGAAGCUGAAAAUGGUCACGGACUCGCUGGCCGACACGCAGUUCCAGUUCAACAAGAUCAAAUCGCAGAGGGAUGCUAUGCCUCAGAGAGAUGAGGCUCUGCAGAGGAGAAAUGAGUUGCAGAAGGAGGUUGAGCAUCUGAGACGGAACUUGAUGCACGAGCAAUCUCUGACAGAGGAGGAGACUCGGAUGGUGGAGCAGAGCCAGGAGCAGGAGCAUGAGCUGAUGAAGGAGUCUCAUCACUGGAGGGACGAGCUGCAUCAUCUCAUCUGUCUGACCCAGAUCAAAGCUGACGAGAAGGAGCAGAAGUCCCACGAGCUCCUCACUGCUGAGCAAAGAUACAGUCGUGCUAAGGAAGAGCUCAAAGGUAAAGGGCUGAUCAUUCUUGACCACAAGAAGCUUAGCCAAGAAGCCCAAGCUAGGUUGAACGUGUUUGCCAAGCUCUAUGAUGUCAUAAAAGGAGAGAGAAACAAGUGCGUCAACCUCAUCCAGAUGGCCACCCAGAGGUCAUCCGAGAUGAGGGAGGAGUGGGAAAUCUUGGAGAACGACAUCGAGAUCAUGCGAAACUCCGUCAUCAGCAAAGACAAACAGCUGCAGAAGUCCCGGAUGAAGCGCGUGCACAGCGAGUACAUCCGGGACAGCCUGAAGAAGGACAUCUCCAAGACGGUCCACACCCUGCACGAGAUGGAGGAGAAGAGGGCGGAGCAGAACCUGAAGAUCAGCAAGCUGACCAACAUGAUCAACUUCAACGAGGAGAACCUGCUGCAGCUGCGCAAGAGUUACGAUAAUGCCGUGCAGAGCCGCAACGACCGGGGUGUACAACUGCUGGAGAGAGAGAACGAGAUAUGCAUCUUCUACGAGAGGGUGAACGUCCAGGAGGGCCUGAUCCAGGAGGGGAACAUGGAGAUCCAGGCCAUGGAGGAGGAGAUGGGCUUACUGAACAUGCUCAUCUCCAAGGAGAAGCGGGAGAUCGAGCUGUCGCGCAAACUCCUCCCUAACAAGAGAGACCUCGAGGAGCAGAUCACCACGCUUCAGAUACAGCUGUCGGAGUGUAAGGACCAGAGGCUGGCUCUGGAGAAGGCCGUGGAGGACCAGCAGAGCCGUGUGCGCAGGCUGGAGGGCUCCGACCCUCCCCCCGACCAGCUCAUCAAGAAGAUUGAGAAGCUGGAGAAGAGCCUGGCGGAGCAGGAGGAGCAGCUCCUGGAGAAGGAGCUGGUCUACGAUCAGGUGACCCAGCUCUCCCAGCGCAUCCGCGCCAAGGCCGAGGAUGGGAAACAGGACACCCUGGAUCUGGCCAAGAAAGUGAAUGAGCUGCAGAGCCAGCUGAAGGACACCACUAAGAAGCUGAUGGCAGCGGUGUCUGAGCUCUCCAUGGAGCAGGCCAAAGCCAUGACGCUCCAGCAGGAGGUCAAGGACAAGGAGAAGCUCCUGGACUCCUGUCAGCGGCGCCUGGAGCAGGGCCUUAUGCCCUCCGAGGAGAUCGAGCAGGCCUGGCAGCGCACCCUGAAGGCCGAGCAGCGGCAGCAGGCUGAUCUGCAAGAGCAAGCAAUGAGGGCAGAAGAGGAGGAGAAGGCCCUGCUACCCAACGGGGGCAUCACCACGGCCGAGGCCCGGCCCAAUGCCUACGUCCCCGAGAACGACCCCCUGCCCAUCCCCCGGCCCUACGGAGCCCUGGCCCCCUUCAAACCCACCGAGGCCGGCUCCAACAUCCGGCACAUCCGCAAACCCCAGCCCAAGCCCGUGGAGAUCUAGCCCAGACAAGCGUCCAGACGACCGAGGGGAGCAUUUCAGUCAUAUUUAAUAACGCUGUCGCUGAUGCUUAUUAAAUAUGAGAAUAUUAUAGUACUUCGGCCACAUGGUAUGUGUCCGAUUACUUAGGGCCCUGCGGCCACAUGGAAUGGUAGAAGUCAUUUUGAAACUGCCUUGCCUUGGAUCUGGAGUUGAUUUCCUGUGGCAUUGCUAACGGGUAGCGUCAGCGACUUUAUUGCUGUUCUAUCAAAACCUGGAUUUUAUUUAGCUCCUUGCCAGCCUCCAAUAGAUUUUUGAUAAACCAAAAUAUUCCGGAGAGGUGAUGCUCCAGGGGUGUACACUGCUGUAAAAAAGCAUUUCCCCCCCUUCCUGACUUCCUCUAUUAUCGCAUAUAUGUCACACUGAAUGGUUUCAGAUUUUUAGACAAAAUGUAAUAUUAGACUAAGGGAACCUGAAUAAACACAAAACAUGAAAUAAUUUUUAAAAAGGCGUUUUAUGUUUACUUUAGUUUUCCUCGGUCAAAUAUUACAUUUUGUUUAAAAAUCUGAAACCAUUCAGUGUGAUAGAAAAUUCAACUAUAGAGGAAAUCAGGAAGGGGGCAAAUACUUUUUGACGGCACUGUAUAUAUUUUAUGUUCUGUGGCAUUUGACGGGCACCAACAGAGUCCUCCUUUAUCAGUGAGAACGUUCUCUGGACAACCAUUAAUUCUGCUGAUUCAGGAGUGUUCCCCCAUGCAGAAACCAUUUGUUUCCAUUGUUUUACAUCCCUGGAUGUAUACCAUCAUUUGUGAAUGAAGUGUGUAAGGUGUAGCCAUCUACCUGAAGCAACAGUAUGAAUAAGGAACAUAUUCAUCUUCAAA